CGACCCUCCAGACCUGGAGAAGCAGCGUUACAAAACAUGAAAUUUUUAAAAAAGGAAAGUAGUGUAUUUAAAGUUCCAAAAGUACCCAAGAAAAAGCUGAAGAAAAAGGCUCAAGUUCUUGACGAAGAUGUUUACGUAGAAGGUAUAGCGAAGAUAAUCCAAAGAGAUUUCUUCCCUGAUUUGGAGAAAUUGCAAGCCCAGAAUGAGUUCCUGAAAGCCACAGAGAAUAAAGACUAUGCUAGGCUACAGGAGAUAACUAGAAAGUAUAGUGGAAGAAGACCACCUACGGAGCCUUACAAUUCUCCAGCUACAUUUGAUACUCCAGAAAUGGACAGACCGUAUUCCCCCAGUACCUCCACUGCGAGGGAGAAUAGAUCGGAAACUGUGGACAGUUCUAGGGAAAAGCCAAAGGAUUUAAUUGAUAAUCAUACAUUAGAUUCGUUCCUAUCCACUCACACUAGCGAAGAUAAUGCAAGCUAUGACCGUGUGAUAGCAUUAGAAGACAAGAAACGAGCAACCAAGCUAGCGUCACAGUUCCAAUCUGAAAUUACAUCGGCGUUGCAGGCCGACGCGGCUCUCGCGCUGCCGUCUAUUGAACAACAGGCUGACCAAAUGGAAAGAUCAGAAGAGGUGGGCACGUGGCGGUACAAAGCUCGGAACUAUAUAAUGUACGUCCCUGAAGGCGCAGGACAACAACCGCCCAUCAAACCAACCCUCGUCCAUCAUAACACAAGACUACGAGAGCCCCCGUUCGAUCACCAGCAGUACCAGCAAACCAUAAGCGCUAUCGCACGAUCACAGGAUGCUAGCGUGUCUGGAAAAAUCGGUGUCGACGGCAUGAGCAUAUCAUCAGAUAAGCCAGGCAGCGGGCAAUAUUCGUUUGUGGCCACACCGUCGCCGCGACCAGGCGACGGGCCCGACCAAUCGCCACUCAUGACCUGGGGAGAGAUCGAGGGCACGCCGUUCCGGUUGGAUGGUGGAGAUACGCCGUUACCAGCCGUGGGCGCAGGCGCGGCGUACCGCAUGCUGGAGGGCGGCGCGCGCGAGCGCAUCGCGCUGCAGCUGGCCGAGCAAGUGGCGCGCAAGCGGAGGCCCACCACGCCCAGACUGCCGCCGCCUACGCCCAGUUUCAGAACAAGCACUGAGCGCUUGGCAAGUAUGUCACCUGCCGCACGAAAACUCGCCGCCAAGCACCUGUUAUCACCUCGUCUCAAGCUCACACCCAAUGACAUGGGUAUAUUCCACCCGUCCACACCUAAACGCACUCCCACCCCACAAAGAAGACUGGUUACCCCUACAAAAAAGAUUUCCACCCCUUCGAGCAUCCCUGCAACUUCUGGCAGUGUCAACACGAGUUCAAAUAUGAUUGAAAAUAACAAUAUAACAGACAAUUUGUUGCAAAUAAGCGUGGCGAAACGUACCAGGUUAAAAGCGCAAGAUUUCUUCAAGUAACUGAUUAUGACAGUGUUGUGUUAGUGAGACAAUGUUGACAAUUGUAAUUUAAUAUAGACAUUUACAAAUUAUCCGCGCAGUGUGAAAUGAUUGUUCUUCAUGGAAAACCAACCAACCUCAUGAAAAACUAACUUAUAAAAUAUACAUAAUACAUUUACCGGCACAUUUAGCGGAU